UGGGUGGACCGAAUGGAUAACAUUACUCAGCCAGAAAGAAGAAAACUUUCAGCUUUGGCUCUGCUCUCUUUGCUGCCCUCUGUUAAUAGCCUGAACAAUUAUGAACACCAGACACAGAGACGUGCAAGGAUCUCAGUGUUGUCUUAACGUACUGCAGUUAUCUCUGCGAGGCUUUUUUCUACUGUUACUACUAUACAAGCACAUACUUUGUUGUCCAUCAGUGUGCCCAAGAUGCACAGGAAGACAAGUUAAUUGCCGUGAUGUGGGUCUAACCACCGUGCCGAUGAACCUACCUGAAAAUACAACACUUAUUAACUUGAGUGGCAAUAACAUCACACACAUAUCUCGUAAUGAAUUUGUAAAGCUUCCGAAACUAGCGGUGCUGUAUUUGGAAAAGGCCAAUGUUUGUUGCGUGCAGCCCAAAACAUUUGCAUCAUUGAAGAAUUUGUAUUAUUUGUAUCUAAAUGACAACUCAAUCAAACACCUACCUCCAAGUGUGUUUGAGGGACUUUUACAACUAAACCUUUUACACCUGCAGAACAAUCAGAUUGGGAUACUGCAUCAAGGUUUGUUUGAUCAACUUAAAUCUGUCCGUUACUUAAGUCUUCAGAGAAACCUCUUAAGUGUUCUUGGGAAUCAUACAUUUUUUGGUUUGAUCAGCCUUCGAACAUUAAAUUUAUCCAACAAUAAUAUUUCUCAGAUUUCUGUUUCUGCAUUCCGGUACCUUGAAGACCUUGAAAGUCUCUACCUUGAAGGUAAUCAAUUGAUGCAAGUGCCAUCUGAAGCACUAGGGAUACUUAAACAUCUCAAAAGGCUUUCACUGUCAAAUAACCCUCUCAAAUCUCUCCAUAGUUUGGCUUUUAAGGGACUUGAUUCUUUGCAGCAUUUAUUUUUAGCGAAUUCAAAUAUUCAGACAAUUUAUGAGAAAGCAUUUUAUAGUCUAAGCAAUCUUAAACAUUUAAUUUUAUGCAAUAACAAACUGGAUACCCUUAACUGGAAUACUUUCACUUACCUGAACCAUUUAAUAGACUUACAGCUAGACAGAAACAACAUAAGUUCUGUAUCAGAGAAUGCAUUUGAAGAAAUGGGGGCUUCCUUAAAGGUCCUCAACUUGGCCUUCAACAAUCUGACAUUUUUACAACCGAAAGUACUCCAGCCUUUGAUCUCCUUAACCCAUUUUCAAGCAAAUUAUAAUCCGUGGGAUUGUGGAUGUGAUUUUCUAGAGAUUAGAAACUUUCUGCUGUCAUCUUCAUUUACGUUUAGCAUCCAUUGUCAGAACCCAUCUCGUUUGCGUGGAAGGCCUAUGCGUCAUAUUAUUCUGUCUGAAUUCCAGGACUGCUUGACCACAAAUACAUUCCACCAGGCAAACCAGCAAGCAGAUGUUGUGACCACUGUAUCAUUUUAUAGCCAUAUAAAAAGUGCCACAUAUAGGACUUGGUCUGAUACAAGCUCACAGAGUGCUGAUGACAUUUUGACAACUACUGUAUCCACACUAAGUGAAAUAAACACUCACAUUUUGCCAAUUAAUACAACAGAACUUGCAUUUCCCCAUGGGGAAAUACCAGAAAACCUUGCACCGGUAAAUUUGACGAGAGAUGCUGACAGUCAUUUUCCACCCUCUGUAAUAACAGUGUCUCUGAAACCCUUAGUGAUAUGCCAACAGGAGUUGGAAAGUGUUAACCAGUCUUUUCACAUCUUACUGUCUUUCUUUUUGUUAUCUUGUGUUGUGAUUGUUUUUCUUAGUGUCAGAAUCAUGCAGCUGAGGCGGAAAAUUAUAACUCCAGAAAAUCCUGCAGACAAUGUAUUGGAGUAUUACAGCUGCUAUCAGUCUGGCAGAUAUCAAAUGGCUGAUCCCAUUAGGAUCGCAACACCAAACCCUGCACUGAGUUCAGAAAUUGACCUAAUUAGACCACUUAAAAAUUCCACUCCUGAUAAUCAGACCCAGGUCAUCUUGUUUGAGCACUCUGUUCUCUGAGUUAAAGGCUUACUCCAAAACAAUAAAGUAAUGCAAAAGAAGAUGCAAUCCUGUGCCGACACAUUGUACAAUAGUCCUCUGGUGAUAUAAUUCCCCUUCACUGCAGUGGGUGGAAUGCCAGUGAAGAUGAGCUGCAAAGGAGGACUUGGGCAGCACAGAGGGGGAAGGAGGCUUGCUGACAUUAGUCACCCGCCAACAGCUUGCUAUGCAUGCUGACAACAAAUGCCAAAUAUGCAGAAAAUUGACAUUAACCAGCCCAGAACUCUCAUUCCUGGUUGUUUAAUUAUUCUGCCAGAAGUGAGGUCACUUCCCUGGCAGCAAAGGGCUUUAACUUUUAGUUUGAAAUGCUGAACAUAGACUCCAGGCACCAUGACCACUUCAAAUUAAUGAAGUGCUCAUGGUUCUUGUAGUACCUCUUUUAAGAUGACGUGUAUUUCAGUGUUUGUUGGGUAGAAAUCUUGCAAUCGUUUUUGCUUUGGUAAAUACAAAUUUAAUAAUUUUUACAAAAACUGGCAAUUUUUUCUUUAAUUUUAAGAGAUGAAUUAAGGUUCCCUGGAGCAUUUCAUGUGCAUAGUAGAUGGAAUAAAUUGAAUAUGUUGGUAAAGGGAGGUGGGGAAUAGAUUGAAGGUGUUGGUGGGGCAAACUGUUUAAAUCUGUGUUUGUGUGACCUGAAUUAACUAAUGUCAUACUAUUUCUGCUGUAAAAUACAGAAUUACUCGAAUAAUUACAGUAAACCCUGCCCAGAUAUUUUGUGGCUGUCCAAUCACAGACUCCCAAUGCAGCUCAAUGGGAUGUCUUUGCAAUGCAGUUGCUCUGGGCAAUUUCUUGUCUCUUGAAUUUAGCUCCACUAAGGUAACCAAACCAGGAAGUAACAGGGCCUGUUGUCUGAUUGGCAGCCUGGGGGUUUAACAAGGUUUAAAAAAAAAAA